AUGCGUAUGCAUCAUGUCGCGGACGUUAAUUGCAUUCGGGCGGACGACGCCGAUCCAUUAUUUACGAGGGCGACGCAAAACUGCAAAACGACGAUACAAAACGAGCAGUGCGGGCCGACGGCGGCGCGGUCGACGACACGGGCGCGAUGCGGACACGACACGACGCGACGCUCUCCCGACCCCCCGGAAUAUGACGUCCGCCCCGACGCCGGCCGCCCCGACGCCAAAUUGCCAGGCCCUUCCCGUGCCUGCCCUCUACUCCCUGCACACAAUUACGUCUGCUUCAUUACCUACAUACAUAUGAGCAUA